AAAGUAGGUUUCAUUUCUAUCAUUUACUUAGGGCCAAGCUAAAAUGGGUUAGAAGGGCUCAGUGGGUAAGAGUGUUCACUGUGCAAGUAUGAGGAUCUGAAUUUGAAUCCCAGGACCCACAUGAAAACCUGCACCACCUUUCCGCUAGGUACUGGCUGCUUACUGUCAAAAUGGGCAAGUUCGUGAAACCCGGGACAGUGGUGCCGGUCCUGGCUGGACGCUACUCCAGAUGCAAAGCUGUCAUGGUGAAGAACACUGAUGAUGGCAUUUCAGACCUCCCUUACAGACAUGCCCUGGUGACGGGAACUGACCGCUAUCCCCGAAAAGUGACAGCGGCCAUGGGCAUGAAGAAAAUUGCCAAGAGAUCAAAGAUCAAGUCCUUUGUGAAAGUUUAUAACUACAGUCACCUCCUGCCCACAAGGUACUCUGUGGAUAAACCCUUGGACAAAAGUGUUGUCAACAAAGAUGUCUUCAGAGACCCAGCCCUGAAACACAAGGCCAGACGGAAGGCCAGGGUCGAGUUUGAGGGAUGA